AUGGCUUCACAGCUCAGAGGAUCUUUUAAGCCCAAGUCACCAGCAGUUAACCUUGAACCGGACACUAGAGAGUUUAUUCCAACCCAGGUUUCUCCUGACAUCUCUAACUUUUCAAGUGCCCGUCUUGCCCCAAAUGACAAAGGCUCGUGUGUGAAGCAGGAGCUGCAAACACUCUGGGAGAUGUUUACCUCAUGGUUGAAGCCAGAAAAGCAGAGCAAGGAGCAGAUGAUUUCUCAACUGGUCCUGGAGCAGUUUCUGAAAACUGGGCGCUACAAGGACAAGUUUGCCGUGAAAGAGAAGUGGGAAUCAAGUGGCAGAAACCUGGGAACAUUCAUGGAAGGUCUGACUGACGAGUGCUUGAAGCCUCCUGUCAUGGUUCAUAUCUCCAUGCAGGGGCAGGAAGCCCUCUUUUCUGAGAACAUGACCUUAAAAGAAGUCAUCAAGCAUUUAAAAGAACAACAGUCAUUCAGAACUACAACACAGGAGAAGGCAAGAACAUCCUUGCAGAUUCCACGGGAUGUGGUAUUGGCAACAGGAUAUGAAAACAGUGAAGAUGACCCAAACACUUUCUUGAAAGGUAGUGAAGUAAAUAGUUGUGUUAGUAGUCCUGGAAAUGAGAUGGACUCCCUUCUCGUUAUCCACACAGGGAAGUAUCCUAAGCCUGAACAAGGAGGUGUUUCUUAUGGAGUUCUUUGGGAUUCCAAAAGAGCAAAGCAAGGCACUUCCAGGUACCAAACAGAGUCCCAGAGUGCAUCUUCUUAUGAACAUAUGUUUAUGGAAGUACAACCAGUGUAUCUCUCCAGGACACACCAGUCUGAAGACGCUGACGAUGGCCACAACACCUUCUUGAAUACUACUGGUGGAAAUGGUGGUAUUAGCAGUCUCAGAGAUGAGAAAGAUUACCUUCUCAUUAACCAGAGAGGGCAAUGUCCUGAACUUGAACAGGGAGGUGUCCCUUACGGAGUUCUCUGGGAUUCCAGAAAAGCAAUUUGGGAUACAUCCAGGUCCCAGGAAGUGCCUCCAACACUACAUUCUUCUGAAGGUGUCACGAUGGUGGUACCAGGGUUCCUCUCCAGGCCAGAGCAACCUACCUCUGAACCUGUUCCACUUUACCAGAAUCAGGAGGUAAAUUCUCUCUAUGUGGGUGACCAGGAGAGACUCCACAUAGAUCCCAAACCAUUCAAAUGUGAUAAAUGCCCCAAAGCCUUCAAAUAUUCCUGUAGCCUGUCAAUGCACCAGAAAAGACACAGGAAUGAGAGGCCAUUUGUCUGUCCCAUUUGUCAGGAAGGCUUCUAUCAAGUCUCAGAGCUCCAAAUUCACGAGGUCGUACACAAGCCAGAGAAGCCUUUCUCAUGCAACACUUGUGGCAGGUCUUUUAGCCACAAGACCAAUCUGCAAGCUCACGAGAGGAUUCACACAGGAGAGAAGCCCUACACCUGUUCUCUGUGUAACCAUAGGUUCCGCCAGUCAUCCACAUACCACCGUCACUUGAGGAAUUACCACAAAUCAUACUGA